AAUAGUUCUGAUUGGACAGAGUCCAUGUACCAUCGGCAGCCACUCCUCUUACUACCGCGAAACGACACGAAAAUCUUAAUAACCACGUGAAUAUAUAACUGAACAAGUUCCCUACAAGCUUUCCAGUUACACGCAUCCUUGGGAAUUGGUUUUAUUUGUCAGGAUGGGAUGCGUUUUGGAUAUUUCCGCCGGGUGGUGCAUUUCACGGAUUUCCCGCAGAAUUAAUUUUCUGUAAUAUCUUGCUGAAUUUAUUUGAAAGGCUCCACAGGACGAAACGGGCUGUUGACAAGUUGACAGGCCACAGUUUUUGAGAAUCACUCCUUCAGUGUGUCGUACAUACUGGACAAGGAGGCAGGAAGGGACGGGGCUGGAAGACCCCAGGUCCCGCGAGGGGCAUCUAAAAUGGUGACAGGAAGUCGGGAGCAAGAGUUUGGUCAACCAGGGGCCAUGGGAGGCCCCCAGGGGCCCAGGCAGCGUCAGCAAGAGCUGCCUCUAAGAAUCCUAGUACCUACUCAGUUUGUGGGAGCCAUCAUUGGAAAAGAGGGGCUCACUAUAAAGAACAUUACCAAGCAAACACAGUCCAAGGUAGAUAUCCAUCGUAAAGAGAAUGCUGGGGCGACUGAGAAGGCCAUCACUAUUCACUCCUCUAAAGAGGGCUGUUCACAAGCCUGCAGGAUGAUUUUGGAAAUCAUGGAAAAAGAGGCCAAUGACACUAAGAUUGUUGAGGAAGUUCCUUUGAAGAUCUUGGCCCACAACAGUCUUGUUGGCAGACUCAUAGGGAAGGAGGGCAGGAACCUGAAAAAGAUAGAGCAAGAUACUGGGACCAAGAUCACCAUCUCUGCAUUACAAGACCUGACCGUUUAUAACCAGGAACGUACCAUCUCGGUGAGAGGAGGGGUAGAGGAGUGCUGUAAAGCAGAAGGGGAGAUCAUGAAGAAACUUAGAGAAGCCCAUGAGAAUGAUGUAGCUUCAGUUAAUCAGACUAACAUGAUGGCUGGCCUAAAUCUGAGUGCGCUGGGGAUCUUCUCCUCUGGCAUGUCUGUUCUCCCUCCUGCCUCAGGGCUGCGUGGAUCUCUGUCCACCCCUGCCAACUACAGCCCUCUGCUGGGACCCUCAAUAAUGGGAGGUCUAUAUGGGGUUCCUUCUUCUGGAGCUUUAUCUCUUCAGCAAGCAGGUGGUGAACAGGAAGUGGUUUAUCUCUUUAUCCCCACUCCGGCAGUUGGAGCUCUCAUUGGAAAGAAAGGGCAGCACAUUAAAGAGCUGGCACACUUCGCUGGAGCCUCAAUAAAAAUUGCUGCACCAGAGAGCCCUGAUGAACCCGAGAGGAUGGUCAUUAUCACUGGACCACCAGAAGCUCAGUUCAAGGCACAGGGAAGGAUAUAUGGGAAGCUGAAAGAAGAGAAUUUUUUCACAGCUAAAGAAGAGGUGAAGUUGGAGGCGCAUAUAAAGGUGCCAUCAACUGCUGCAGGACGAGUCAUUGGAAAGGGGGGCAAAACGGUCAAUGAGCUGCAGAAUCUCACCAGCGCCGAGGUCAUUGUACCACGGGACCAGACACCAGAUGAGAACGAUGAUGUAUUUGUCAAAAUAAUUGGACAUUUCUUUGCCAGUCAGACGGCCCAACGCAAGAUCAGGGAGAUCGUUCAACAGGUCAAACAGCAAGAGCGGAAGCACCAGCAAAUGCCGCAAACACCUUCUGAACAAUCAAAUUGAUCAGCAGACGCCAGCAAGCAGCAGCUAAUGAAUGUAGCUCAUGCAAGGACAAAUCGAAAAAAAUUAAAAGAAAGAAUUAAAGAGAAAGAAAGAUUUAAAGAGAUACUCAAAAUGCGAAUGAGACAGAGCAGGAAGCAGAGAGAGGGAGAAAAGAUGAUAAAGAUGACCAGCAGUUAAAAACAACCAAAGAACCUUAAGCACAAAAACGUGUUUUUUGCGCAUGAAAAACCCCCAAAAGUGAUGAUUGAAAGUGUUAUCAGGUCAAAGAGAUACCUGAUAUUUCUUUGAGCCCUUUUUAAAAAAGAUGAAAAGACGAAAGAAUAUAUGGAGGGUAUGUGCACUGUGAUGUGAGUGCUGGAUGUGAUGAUGGCACACUGUGGGUAGAUCUCUACAUGUGGAUUGUGCCCAAAGUAUACUUUGUCAUAUAUGUGUUUGCUAGAAUCUGCAUACAUUGCGUGUGAUGCAGAUUUCUUUGGAUAACUGAGGUACUUUCAUUUUUUAGUUCAAUUUGCAAGUCUGGCUUGCAUAGUUUUCAUAGUUCCCUACCUAGUAUAACCAAUACAAAUUCCAAAUUUAGCUUUGUAUUAGCCAAGAUGUUUAUACUUAGAUUUUUAUUAUAGGCUUUUAAACACAAAAUUGCUUGGUAGGUGGGCAUUGCUAGAACUUUUGCUUUAGAAUUUGAGCUAAAGAAAUAUGUAACAAAGCAAAAACAGUACAGUUAUAUAAGGGAAUAAAAAGGCAUACAUGCAACUAUUUUAAGAGAGUACACAGACAUCUAUUAUGCAUUUCAGUGUCUUGUCUGUUGUAUUCAUUUACACUAUCAAAUGGAGAAUUUUUUGAGUCUGUUGUUUUGGCUAUGUGCACGCACAUAUGGAAAAAAAAUAAAGUGUACUUUGGGCUUUAGGUGUAUUAAUUAAUGAACUUAUAUAAUAAAUUGCACAGCUAUGUUAAAACAAUCCUAAAAUAAAAAAAUAUUGUAUAGAUUUAUUUAGCAAAAUUUGCUUUUGUAAUAUAUUUAUAUACACACCACAAGAUAAUCAGGCUAAUUUAGCUGUGGCCUAAAGAAUACGAGUAAGAGAUUAUUAUGCAAAGUUAAACAUUGUUGUUGUCAAACAUUGAUGUUGUUGUCGCACGUGUACUGAAGAGCGGUGUUGUCGCUCGCAUUCUGAUCAGCUGUGUUGUUGCGCGUUUACUGUAAAGCUGGGGGUGGGGAGCGCGCGUACUCAAGAGCUGUGUUGUCACGCGCCUAUUGAAGGGCGGUGGGUGGGGGCGGUGAGGGUUGGGGGUGUCGCGGGGGCACUUUUGAUCAUUUUGGAAGGGCACUUUCUAUCCAAGACUAGAAAGGGCAUGUGCACUGCACAGGUUGAGCCUUAGCCCUAUGUGUGCACGUGCCUGGUGGCAACAGUGCAAAUGUUUGUUUAUUCAUGUGUAUUUUUCAAGUGUCAAGAGAUUUUAUGAGAUUUAAAGUAUUCACAUUCGGGACUUUGUUCCACCACAACACACAACAUAGGAGCAAAACUCCUAUAGUGAAUUCAAUUUUUAUGUUUUUGGUCUUCAUGUUUGUGGUGUUUACCAUGUAGAAAAUCUAAUGUGCUUUGUAAAUUCUUUAGUGUGUACUCAGCCAAAUUAUUACAAAUAUAUCCUAGAUACAUUCAAUGAUAUUAUAGCAUGUAUGACGAAAGUAGAGAGCUAACAUGUGUGCCAGCAUUUGACUUCCAGAUCCUCUUUUAUACUGCUGAGUCUGAGCUUUUAUCUCUGUUUGCUGUUCUGUUCUCUUUUUCUCGCUCUUAUUUGUAUUCAUUUUUAAAUGUUUCCCCACACAUAUCUUAUUCCUCACACAACACGAGAGCUGUCUGUGUGCCAACUGCACAUAAAAGCAGAAUUACUGUACAGUUGCAAAGCACAAAAAAAUGUGCAUCAUCUUCGGGAAUCUAAAUGUACUGUACACCCCACUUGUGAUUUUACACGUAAUCUUAAUAUUAACCGACUAGCAUUCAGUUUAGAGUCAGUGAGUAUAAUGGAAAUACUUUUUAUUUGCAUAAAUCAAGUGACAGUAAAGGCAUUUGAAUAUUACUAAAUAUAUAUAAAUCUUUUACCAAAUUAACUUUCUCAUAAAUUAUAACACUGAAGUACUGCUAAAGGUUCAGCGUUGCUAUCACAUGAAUAAAUUGUAUUUUAAACUAAAAUUCAUUCAGUGUUUCAGAUUUAAUCUGCAAAUUUUACUGACCCCAAACAGCAGUGUACACACUUGAAAAAGCAGAAUUUGAUGUGUAAUCUGCAAUGUGUCUGUAGGUCCUGUAAUAGGAGCCCAUGGAAGCCUUUUUAGGUCUACCUGACACUCAUGAAUGUACUGUAUAUGAUGCUAAUGCCUUCCGCAAGCAUACUUUUUGUGGAGCAAAUCAAUAUACCCCCCCCUUUUUUUUUUUUUCUCCCCCUAUUGUUAUGCGCUGAAAUGAGUGCACUGUUUCUUUUGAAAGUUCUUUUUGAAACGUGACAUCAGAAAAUGACGGAGAAAAUGUCUGCAAACUACUAUUAUUAUUUGAAUUUUUAUUUGUAAAAACAUUUCUUUGAUAUAUAAUGACGAUAAAUUCAAUAGGUGAAGAAUAAAAAUGACAUCCUUAACCCUUGCACGUUGGAAAGGCCAAUGGAAUCAAAUAUAAAUGUAUAUAUGCUCAAAAUACAGUUGACUGAUCAAAUGCAAACAACCAGCAUUGCAGUUAUGUACAGUUUAAACCUAAUCAUAGAGCAUACUGUAAGAUUGAUAUUAAGCAUCCACGAUUGAGAUAUGAAAAUCAUAUUUUGAAAGUCCACACAGCUGUGUGUGAAUCAGUACAAUAUAACGUUCUACCUCAAGAACAGGGUACCUCAGUCCGAUCUUUUCUCCCUUUUGCAUAUUUUGUAUACCUUGUAGAGCUCUCAAACUUAGAGCUUUUUUUAUUUUUCUAAAUAAAAGAACAAGAAAAAAAGAGUUAGCGCAAGGCACAAAUAAGACCUGCUCGUUCUUGCAAAAAGAGGUUUCAGACCGCUUCACGAGAAACUAAUCGUUGCUUUAUGGACCGUUUGGAUCGAAUGAACUCUGAGGUUAAAACAACUCUUGGGCAACUGAACAUUUGGGUUGACAGUACUUCGUUUCUUGCAGUUUUAUGUUUGUACUAAAAUAAUCGUCUCAACAAGUAGUCUUGUCUAAGAAUACAGCUUAAUCCAACUAUACGCAGUGUUCUUUAGCCUGUAUGGAGACAUUUAGAAAAUGUUAUCUUUAUGUUACUGUUACAAAUGGCUCUGUAGUUUAUAAUCUGUAUUUCAAGGUCAUGUCUGAUGAAAUGGCCACUAACACGUCAGCUUUGAAUUUAUUCUAACAUCGUAUUUGUGUGAGGUUUUAGUAUAGGAAUAAUCUCCGACAGUUUAAUAUUAGUGUAAUAACAGUAGGCACGAUUGAAUUUGAUCUUUUCAAUUUGGGUUUCUGUAGAAAAAAAAUUGCUGUGUCAAACCGGAUGGUGUCCGGCUGUCUCAAGACCAUCUCUUCUCAUAUCAUUUACAAAGACAUCAUGUAGAUGAAACAUAAUCUUUGCCGUAGUACUUAUCUGCAGCUGUUUCUGUGUCUGUUUCUCAUGUCUUUCUAGACCACAUAUAAUAAAUCACUUUGGGUGUUAAUGCUGAUCUGACAUCAGUUUUUGAUAUCGAUUCAUAUAAUGACAUCAUGUGAAGUCAAUGAAGGGUAAACAAACUAAUUUCAGACUUAGGGUGUUAGUUAAAAGUGGGAGGGUUAAGUGAAUAUUCAUGAAUACACUUGUCUGUUUUUAUGUUUUUUGGAAGGGUCACAAUACCUUCCUUAUGGAUUUGAGCAAUAAAGAGUGUUUCAAACAACA